GGAAAUAGAAGUUAUAGAAGUUAUAUCACUUGAGAUAUUUUUAGGACUUUUUUGAAGAUUUUUACUGAUUGUUUGAAAAUAUUUGCAAGAAUUUUCUUGCCAAAUUUGGGGGAUUUUUUUUUUGAAGUAAAACCUUUAAGGAAUUACUGGAAUUUUGUUCCUGAAGGUUUUGCAAAUUUUCAGAAAUUUGGGGAAUUUUUUUGCUGAAUUUUUUGAUUUUUUCAGACAAGGAAACAAUUGUAUUAAGCUUCAAUAUUUUGGCACCUCUAAAUGAGGGCAACAGGAGGGUUAAUUAAAAAAUAAUUUCUUCUACUUUUUAAAAAUGACUCCAUUAACUGACUAAUUGUUUCCAGCUUUAACUUCUGUUUUGUUCAUGCUGCAGUAUGUCGCUGCGGACACCAGGGGGCGCAAAAGUCUAAUCGGAGCCAGAUGUUACCUCCAGCACCGGGCUGCUGUCACUCAGUCCGGACUCCACCAAUCAGAGCGCGGCUGCUCUCCUCCCUCCCUCCCUCCUGCAGACUAUGAGGCUGAGCAGAGCCGCUGCGCUCUCCUUCUUUCUGCUGCCUCCGUCCAGCUGCUCCUCUGUCCGUCCUUCAGCUCCACGAUGCGCUCAGGGCCGAUGCUGGCGGUGUGUGUGCUCUGCUGGAGCUGCACCGUGUGUGUGGUCACCGCCAUCCAGAGGGCCGAGAUAUUCCCCUACGGCGUCCUGAGUGGAGACUCAAUCCUGGCUGAGGGCGACGAUGAAACCUCCAAAGUUCUGUCUCUGCCCAAACCUCUCUACUUCUACGACUCGCUUUUCUCCCAGCUCUACGUGGCCACCAAUGGGAUCAUAUCAGCUCAGGACCUACCAAUGGAAAAGCAAUACGUCGACGAUGGCUUCCCGACAGAUUUCCCCGUGGUUGCCCCGUUCCUGGCUGACAUUGACACCAGUGGAGGGCGAGGGCAGAUUUAUUAUCGGGUGACCGAAACACCCAGCGUGCUCAACAGAGUCGCCCAGGAAGCCCAUCGGGGAUUCCCUGAUGCAAAGUUCACACCCACACACGCUGUCGUGGCAACAUGGGAGAACGUGGCAGCGUAUGAGGAACAAACUCGAACCGCUGGGCCUUCAAACAAGCUCAACACUUUCCAGGCUGUCAUCGGUUACGAUGAGACUGACUCAUACGUUCUCUUCCUCUACCCUGAAGGAGGUCUGAACUUCUUUGGAACACGGCCCAAGGAGUCGUAUAAUGUGGAGAUUGAGCUUCCUGCUCGAGUUGGCUUCAGCAGGGGAGAAGUGACGUAUUUUUUAAUUUCCCGAACUGAGGGGCCUUAUUACAGUGUUACCAGCAAUGAACAGACAGUUAAAAACCUCUACCAGGUUGGCAAUACUGGAAUUCCAGGUGUUUGGCUUUUCCACACUGGAAACCGUUUCUCUUUUGACAACAUCGUUCCUGCAUCCGUUGGUGGUCUCCUCGCUACUCCACCCACUAGAGGACACGGCCUCUCCUUGGACACCACCACCCCUGAGUAUGCUGAGUUUGAAGAAUAUCCAGACAAUACCUUUGACCCCGACAACCAGGAGGAAGAGGAUGAUUACCCUCUGACGGGCAGAGACCCUGAGUUCCAGCCAGCCUCUGCUGCUGGUGGUGACCACACAGAUCCUCUUCAGCCUGGAAGUCCUGACCCUCCCGCUUCUCCGUCAGAGGAUGCUGAUCGUCAGGUGUACGGAAGUGACAAUGUACCACUGACCUCUGAACCGAGGCCUGGUUCAGAGCCAGCAGAGAGGCAGUACGCUCCACCUAAUCCUCCACAGACAGUACAUGAAAGAGGGGCUCAGCUGCCACAGGAACCACAACCACAGCUUCCUCUGGAGGUGGUGGACGUUUACCCCCCUCAGAGAAACGAACAACCUCUUUCCCCAGGAGGUCAUGUGGUCAACGUGGAUGAAGAUGAUGUCGAUUUUGACACAGGAGUGAUCCAGUACACGACAGAGAAUAAGGAAACAUGUGCCAGAUUCCAGCAGCAGUGCUCCCAGAAUGCAUUUUGCUCUGACUAUGCCACCGGCUUCUGCUGUCACUGCCGUCCUGGUUUCUAUGGAAACGGCCGCCACUGUUUACCUGACGGUGCUCCCCAGCGUGUUAGCGGUAAGGUGAGCGGUACUGUGACGGUGGGACAGACUCCAGUGCAGCUGAACAACAUCGAUCUACAUGCCUACAUCGUGGUGGGAGACGGGAGAGCAUACACCGCCAUCAGCGAGGUACCUGAACCAGCGGGCUGGGCUCUGAUGCCAGUGGCACCAAUAGGAGAGCUGUUCGGUUGGCUGUUUGCACUGGAGCUGCCCAAUAGUCAAGGAGGAUUCAAAAUCACAGGUGCUGAGUUCACCCGCCACGCAGAGUUGCUGUUUUACCCCGGCAGCCAGCGCCUGUCAAUCACUCAGACUGGCCGAGGCCUUGACGACCACAACCACCUCACUGUGGAUACUGUACUCAGCGGCAGCGUGCCCUUCCUGCCACCUGGAGCGGAAGUUACCUUGGAUCCCUUCAAGGAGACAUACCAGUACUACCCCUCCGUUGCCACCUCCACCUCUGUGAGAGAGUUUUCAGUCGUUUCAGCAGAACGAGGCUCUGAGUCUUUCACUUUCCAGGUGAAACAGAACAUCACCUACCGCGACUGUCAGCAUGACAACCGCGCCGCCAUCCCGGAGACGCUGCAGAUCACCAUGGAGAGGGUGUUUGUGAUGUACGUCAAGGAAGAGCGGAUCCUGAGAUACGCCAUCACCAACAAGAUCAGCCCAGUUGGAGUUGAGCCUUCAGGGCCGGAGCUGGUGAACCCCUGCUAUGCUGGGAGCCAUGACUGCGACACCACGGCCCAGUGCAUCCCACUGGAGGGCCAGGCCUUCCAGUGCCAGUGUGCUACUGGCUAUAGAGGGGAUGGACGCAACUGUUACGACAUCGAUGAGUGUGCUGAAGGUGUGACUACAUGUGGUGCUCACGCUCAGUGUGUGAACCUGCCGGGCAGUCACCGCUGCCAGUGCCAGACUGGCUAUGACUUUGGCUUUGAUGGGCGUACCUGUGUUGAUGUAGACGAGUGCAGCUCGUCUCCGUGUCACGUCAAUGCCAGAUGCAUCAAUGAACUGGGAUCCUUCCGGUGUCAGUGCCAAACUGGGUUUCACGGUGAUGGUUUCUACUGCUCCCAGCAGGAAGGACCAUCAGUUCGCCCCAGGAGCCCGUGUGAGCAGCACAGAGACAGUCUGCAGAGUGGAGUGGAACUCGGUGGACGCCCGAGUAUCGGAGCCUUCAUCCCUCAGUGUGACUCUGAGGGACGAUACCGGCCGCUGCAGUGUCAUGGCUCCACUGGACAUUGUUGGUGUGUGGACAGCAGAGGACAGGAGCGAGCAGGAACCAGGACUCCACCUGGUACAGGACCCAGAGACUGUGACAGACCAGAUGAACCAGAGCGUCCCAAGACUCACUGUGAGCACCACAGAAACAGUGUUCAGACCACCUCACCAGAGGGACUUCCUGUCAUUGGUGUCUAUGUACCCCAGUGUGACACAGAAGGACAGUACACACCACUGCAGUGCCAUGGCUCCUCUGGACAUUGUUGGUGUGUGGACAGUCGGGGACAAGAAAGAGCAGGGAGCAGGACAUCGCCUGGUGAACCACCCAAAGACUGCGACAAACCAGAUGAACCGGAGCGUGUUAAGACUCACUGUGAGCACCACAGAGACAGUGUUCAGUCCACCGGUCCAGACGGGUAUCCUGUAGUUGCAGCCUAUGUACCUCAAUGUGACGCAGAAGGACAGUAUAUUCCUCUACAGUGUCAUGGCUCCACUGGGCAUUGUUGGUGUGUGGACAGCAGAGGACAGGAAAGGGCAGGAACCAGGACUCCACCCGGUACAACACCUAAAGACUGUGACAGACCAGAUGAACCAGAGCGUCCGAAAACAUUCUGUCAGCAGCACAGAGACAGUGUUCAGACCACCACUCCAGAGGGACUUCCCAUCCCAGGAGUGUUUGUCCCUCAGUGUGAUGCUGAAGGACAAUACACACCUCAGCAGUGCCAUGGUUCCUCAGGACAUUGUUGGUGUGUGGACAGUAGAGGACAGGAGAGACCAGGAACCAGAACUCCACCUGGUACACCAUCUGUAGACUGCAGCAGACCAGAUGAGCCGCAACGUCCCAAGACUCACUGUGAGCACCACAGAGACAGAGCUGAGACCACCGGUCCAGAGGGGUAUUCUGCAGUUGGAGCCUAUGUGCCUCAGUGUGACGCAGAAGGACAGUACAUUCCUUUACAGUGCCAUGGCUCUAGUGGACAUUGUUGGUGUGUAGACAGUAAUGGACAGGAGAGAGCAGGAACCAGGACUCCACCUGGAACACAACCCAAAGACUGUGACAAACCAGAUGAACGAGAGCGCCCAAAAACUCACUGUGAGCACCACAGAGAAAGAGCUCAGGCUACCACUGCAGAGGGAUAUCCUGCUGUUGGAGCUUUUGUGCCACAAUGUGAUGCUGAUGGGCAGUACAUAUCCCUGCAGUGCCAUGGCUCCACUGGUCAUUGUUGGUGUGUGGACAGUAAUGGACAGGAGAGAGCCGGAACCAGGACUCCACCUGGAACAACCCCUAAAGACUGCAACAAACCAGCGGAGCCACAACGUCCCAAGACUCACUGUGAGCACCACAGAGCCAGUGUUCAGUCCGCCGGUCCAGAGGGGUAUCCUGCAGUUGGAGCCUAUGUACCUCAGUGUGACGCAGAAGGACAGUACAUUUCUCGACAGUGUCAUGGCUCCACUGGACAUUGCUGGUGUGUGGACAGUAGGGGACAGGAGAGAGCAGGAAGCAGGACUCCACCUGGUGCAGCUCGUGUGGACUGUGAUAGACCAGUCUCUGUGGGUCCGACUUUUCGCCCUGAGAGUGUGUGUGAGCGAUGGAGGGCCAGUUUGAUUGAACACUACGGUGGACAGCCAGCGCCACAGCAGUAUGUGCCUCAGUGUGAGCCGGAUGGACAGUUCAGUCCAGUCCAGUGUUACGGGGAGACCACGUACUGUUGGUGUGUGGACCAGGACGGGCGGGAGGUUCCUGGAACCAGAUCACAUGAUGCUGUUAAACCUGCAUGUAUCUCCUCAGUGGCCCCACCCACUGUACUUCCAUUGCCCCGCCCAAAUGUGACCCCUCCCACAAACACUGAUGUCACGCUGCUGUACGCUCAGGGGCAGAAAAUAGGAGCGCUGCCGCUCAACGGGACCAGAUUGGAUGCAAGCCGCUCCAAAACACUGUUGACGCUACAUGGUUCCAUAGUUGUUGGUAUCGCCUUUGACUGCAAAGACAAUCAAGUCUAUUGGACGGACUUGUCUGCCAGAACAAUCAACAGAGCUUUGAUGGCAGCUGGAGCUGAGCCUGAGAUCCUCAUCAACACGAAUCUUGUCAGUCCAGAGGGCUUGGCUGUGGAUGUCAAACGCAGGUUGAUGUUCUGGGUCGACUCAACACCUGACGUGAUUGAAAGCGCCAACCUGGACGGCAGCGGGAGACGGACCUUGUUUGACACCGACUUGGUCAACCCCCGGGCCAUCAUAGUGGUUUCUUCCACUGGGACUCUGUACUGGACCGACUGGAACAGAGAGGCUCCAAAGAUCGAGUCUUCGUCGGUGGACGGGCAAAACCGCAAAGUGGUCGUGUCUGACGGGAUCGGUUUGCCGAACGCUCUAACGUACGACUCUUCUUCUGGACAGGUCUGCUGGGCCGACGCAGGUACGAAGCGUUUGGAGUGUAUAUCACCAGAUGGUUCUGGUCGAAGAGUGAUCCACCCGACCCUCAACUACCCGUUCAGCAUGGUCUACUUCAGGAACCACUUCUAUUACACUGACUGGAGGAGGGACGGUGUGAUCGCAGUGAGCAAAGACAGCAGUCAGUUCACCGACGAAUACCUACCUGAGCAGCGCUCUCACCUGUACGGCAUCGCCAUAGCAACCACCCACUGUCUACCAGGGAGCCACUAACGACGGAGCGGCAGCCGCAGAGUCCUUUGGUGCUAAACUUCUGGGGGAUCUGUGGACGAGGGAAAAAAAAAACAAACCCUCUCCACUGUCCCUCAGAAAGAAGGACACUCUGAAGGGAGCGAGACGGCUUCCUGCUGCCCGACCAGCCAUCAGAGUAAAUUUACAACCUCCACCCGUCCCCAUUAUCUCACCUUAAAGAUGUAACCCAAAGUAAAUGCUUUGUAAAUUUGUUUUAUACCUCAUUUUAGGUUUUUUUUCUACUGUAUUUUUGUAUUUUGUGUGAGUUGUCGUUUUGCUUUUCUAUCUAUUAAAUUUACAGAACAAUGAAAUCAGAUUUUUAACAGAGUGCUUCUUAAAGCCAAAGGAGAACGACAUGAAGCUUCUAAAACGUUGUGAAACUCAGCAUCAGGUUUCUUUCUGGUCGGUUGGCCACAGCGGCUUCUACAGCCAGUCGAGUCCAAACAAUCACAGUAAAGGAACAUUCUGCUUUUUGGGUGAAUUUUGAUUCCGUGCAUUAAAUUUAAAACCAGAACCAGCAACUAAAACACCACCUCAACUGAACAUUUAACACUUUUUGUUUAACCCUCUUGUCGUCCUGCACGACAAAAUUGACGCAUUUUAGUUUGAAAUGUGAAAAAAAAUAAAAAAUAAAUUCACAGUGAAACUUCUGAUGUCCACAUUUUUGAACAUUUUUUGUUGUAAAAAAAUGUUAAGUGUUUAAGAACAUUCACCAAAAAAAAAUCAACCAAAAUCCAACGAAAUUCACUGGAUUUUGUUUGAUUUUAUAUGAAUGUUCUUAACCAUUUUUAACAUUUCUUUUUUCCCACCAAAAGUGUUCAAAAAUUUCCCAAAAAUGUGGAAAAUAAUUUCUUUUUUUCCACAUUUUCUAACUUUAAACCGGGUCAAUUUUGACGUGCAGGACGACACGAGGGUUAAGAGUGAAAAUUUUCCCAAAAUGUCAAGUGAAAACCAAACAACUGCAGCUUUAGGACUGGUUAUUCAUUAUCUGGAGAAAAACAGACAUUUCUAAACAUUAAUCAUUGUUGUGUGACUGAUUUUUGUAAUCAGAUUACUGUAAUCCGAGUACAGCCCUGUGAGCCAGUCUGACCACAUUUCUCUGCACUCCUAAUCUGUAUUUCACACAUGAUGAAACAGCCUUUUUUUGCCAAAUAUUUCUACUACUACUACUUCUCAAAUCUUUAUCUUUUUAUAAGAUGUGAUAUUUAUAACAAUAAAAUGUGAUUUGUUA